AGCCGUAAGGAGAGCAGAGCGCCGCCAGAGCAUCUCUUCUCCGCGAGAGUUCCAGGGGAAGGACCACCCACCAUGUCGGCAGUUACGGAGGUUCAGAACACCACAACCGAGGCCCUGGCCGCCCUGCUAGACGGGGGUGAAGGCGCCCUGGUGACGCUCGUGGCGGGCGAGACGAGGGUGGCGGCUCACAGGGCCGUGUUGGCAGCCGCGAGCCCCGUGUUCGCAGCGAUGUUCGCGCACGGCAUGCUGGAGGCCAGCUGCGGCCAGGUGAGCAUCGACGACGUGGAGGGCCCGGUGCUGAGGCUCCUGGUGGCCUACACGUAUACCCUGCAGGCCCCCCAGCUGCCCGACACGGCCGCCCAGCUGCUCUCGGCGGCCGACAAGUACGGCUUGUCGGGCCUGAAGGCUGCCUGCGAGCGGCAGCUGAUCUCGCAGUUGGCCGUCGAGACCGCAGCGGCGACGGCCGUCAGGGCAGUGAGGCACUCGUGCCCGGACGCCACCAGGGCUGCCGUCGCCUUCAUAAAGCACCACCCGCAGGUGAUGGCCACGUGGGGCUGGGCAGACGCUGUGCUCGACUACCCACAAGAAGUCAACAAAGUCACCCGUCUGCUCGGUGAGCCACCAGCAGAAGCCAGCUCGCCAACCGCCACAGGGGGCGGGCCCACCCCCAACUCUGACCGUCAACCCCACAGCGGCCACAGCCGGACUCCUGCUGCAGCUGCGCCUCCGACGUCUGCCCGACACACCCCUCCACCUGAUGACGCAGCCGUCUCGCGCUUCCGGAGCCUUUCUGGGGCACAGCGAGGCAGGUGGCUGAUACAGGCGGCUAAGGUGGGGGCGGUGGAGGUGGUGCGGCUGUUGCUGGCAGCUGGGGCGGACGCGGGGGCGAGGGACGAGAGCGGGUGCACCACCCUGCACUGGGCUGCAGAGAGAGGCCACGCGGCUGUGGUGCGGCUGCUGCUCUCUGCGGCAUCCGACCCCAACGCCAGGUCUCAGAAGGGGUGGACGCCGCUGCACUUCGCGGCAUACUGUGGCCGCGCAGAAGCGACGGCUGCGUUGCUGGAGGCCGGAGCCGACAGGGGGGUGUGGACUAAUGACGGGAGGACCCCACUGGACUAUGCCGUACUGUGCAACCAUCGUCAGCUCGUCCAGAUGCUAACAGAGCCUUAAUACGUGCCAGU